CUCCUCGUGGGCGCGCAUAAGGAGCAAUGGCCGCCGUGGAAAGCCGAAACCGUAAUCUGGACGGUUUUGUCGGAUUAAACUGGAGUUGUUGGAUCGACAAAGCGAGUGAACUGUUUUCUGAAGCUGUGUUGAAUCAUCAAGAUCUCAGCAAACAUGAUAAAACCUGCUGUGAAACCAUGACUCUGCACAAAGAAGAUAUGCACAUAUUUGGUCAGUACCCGGCUCAUGAUGACUUCUAUCUGGUGGUGUGCAGCCACUGUGGGCAGCUGGUGAAACCUCAGGCCUUUGAGCAGCACUGUGAGCGUCGGCAUGGCCCGUUCCUGAAAACAUGUGGUCAGUCGGGCACCUCUGCACCACAGAGACUUCGACCAGAGAGGUCCAUGAAUGUUUCAUCUUCUCGGGAGAAGCUUAAAGCUGACCGAAGCAUUGAGGUCAAAAUUGACCAUUUAUCUGCGUCAUCUCCUGUGCAGCACAGAAACAGUUUACCUGCAGUGGAAAUUCUUCCUCUGGGGGGCGCUGUGUCUCAACACCAGCCUGGCACUUCACCUCUUUCCACUGCUCCAGCCGUCUCCUCCUCGUCUUCAUCCUCUAAAUCUCAGGCUAGGAACCCUGAAGUACCGUUUUCUACAACCAGGGAUCGAAGAAACUCUUCCAGUCCUCUCCUGGGAUCUCAAAGCCACAGAAGAGUGUGCACAAAUGACGAUAAGAAAGGGUGUGUUAUGAACAAACUCUGCGGAGUGCGGGAUAAGGAUACAAUGCUGACUGAAAUGGACCUCCUCUGUAAUAAGAAAUUCUCAUCAAGAAGUAAUGACCCUGAUCCACUUGCAUCUGUGGAGAAGUCGGGGUCACCAGGUCGAAAUCUAGAGCAUCCUAAAGAGAAGGUGAAGCAAUUUGAGCGCGCAGAGGAAAAAAAAUUGGCCAAAAAAAUCAACUUCACCAGCAGCUGCCUCAAGAUCAGGCCUCAAUGUUCGGAGGAAGUUGAGGUUCAACUGCCAUACCCUAUUAAUCUAUCUGAUGAAGAGAGUGAAGAAGACCAGCAGGAGGAUGCUACGGAACUCGCCGCCUCAUCCUGGCACCCCAAACCUCUUGGUGUCUCAAAAGAAGAAGCUUCAAUAGGAUGAGAAGAAGACGCUGCAGUGGUCUGAGGGAGCGGUCAGGGAGACUGUGGUCUGGUCAUUGCUGACUCACCAGAGAACAACCUGAAGCUAACACAGGUGGAAAUGAAAAGUGCACGUGCGGUGAGUCAAGAGCUUCUCUUGGGGUCUGUCCGCGACCAAGCCGAGAACAUGAAGGUGUGAGAGGAUGAAGAGGAGGCGGUCAGCUUCUGAUGGGUGGGAGGUGAUGACGAGAUGAUGAAAGGGGCCAGGUGAGGAGGAGACACCCGAGCGUGCCUUCUUUCUCUGUGACGUAGAGUGUGUAUGCAUGUGUGUGUGUAUGUGUGUGUGUGUGAGGGAGAGAGAAACAGGACGGCGUUUCCUUCAGCUGACAGUGAAUCUGCACAGGAGUGAGGGGUCGUCUCCACUCGGAGGUAUGUUUAUAUUUGGAGACCUGGGUCAAGAAAAGAAGGGACCUGGCGCCUGGAUUCUUUGACAGCAUCAGACCCUGCUCAUGAAGCUGUGACUGCCUGAACUUCCCUUUAACGACGGGGGAGAAUGGGUGAUGGUUUGGUGAAGUUCUGCAGACUCUCUCCUCCUUCUCCCAUCAUCUCAUGGAGCUCCUUGCUACAGCGACCCCCUCCUGGAACACUUCUGCCCCCUCACUGGUAUCACUGCUACCAAAUGCUUCUAAUGAGACCCAACAUGCUACCACGAGCCUCUGGAGCCGAGUGGACCUGAACCAGACGCUAGGUCUGUGCGUGAUGGUCGUCAUGGACGUGCUGGCGCUGGUGGGAAACCUCGCUGUGAUGAUUGUUAUCACAAAAACACCGCAGCUGCGCAAGUUCGCCUUCGUGUUCCACCUCUGCCUGGUGGAUCUGCUGGCAGCACUGGUUCUGAUGCCGCUGGGGAUGGUGUCAGAUCGGUUGGUGUCCGAUGAGGUGCUGUGCAGGUGUUACUUGGGUCUGAGCGUGUGCCUGGUGAGCGCUGCCAUACUCACCAUAUGUGCCAUCAACGUGGAGCGCUACUAUUACAUCAUCCACCCCAUGCGUCACGAGGUGAAGAUGACCGUCGGGGUGGUCGCGCUGGUCCUGGUGGGAGUCUGGAUUAAAGCGGUGAUCAUGUCGCUGCUGCCGCUCUUCGGUUGGUUGUUCCAGAGUGAUCCACGUCUGUGGACGUCGAUUCUCAGUCCUGGCCAGAAACAGUGCUCCCUCCACUGGACCGGAGGCAGAACCACACGGCUUCUUUUCAUGGUCUUUUUUACCUUCAUCUACUUCCUGUGCCCCAUGUUGAUCAUUCUGGUGGUCUACUGUAACAUGUUCAAGGUGGCCCGGGUUGCUGCCAUGCACCACGGCCCCCUUCCCACAUGGAUGGACACACCGAGACAGCGGUCUGAGUCCAUCAGCAGUCACUCCACCAUGGCGGCCAGUCUGGCAGGGACUGGUGCCCGGAGCACACCUCAGAGGAGCUUUGGUGGGGGCAAGGCAGCCGUAGUCCUGAUCGCGGUAGGAGGUCAAUUCCUCUGCUGUUGGCUGCCGUACUUUUCUUUUCACAUCUACUCCGCUGCCAUCGCCAGGUCGCCGGCCUCGCUGGCCCAGUUGGAGGACAUGGUCACGUGGAUUGGCUACUUCUGUUUCACCUCCAAUCCAUUCUUCUACGGCUUCCUGAACCGGCAGAUCCGGGAAGAGCUGGGUCGAUAUCUGGCCUGCCUCUUUAAACAGGCCGGGCCGGGCGAGGGCGAACAGCUGCCGAGCCGCGAGGCCUCCAUUGAGGAGAACUUUCUGCAGUUCCUCCAGGGCACUGGGUGCAAUCUGGAGCCUUGCAACUCUGUCGGCAGAGGAAGUCAAAAGGAGGCAGAAACGGAGAGCCUUCAGGGGUCAGCUGUUCAACAAAACGAGCCAGCUGACGUCCUGAUCCCCGGGCAAAUCCUUGAAGAAACCUCAGAGUUCAUCCAGCAACAGCAGCCGAACAAUGAGCUUCAUGUUUCUGAAAACUGCUGCAAGACACUUCCAGAGCUGUAACUGCCUUGCAGACCAACCACCAACUUCUGAACCCCAUCUGCCUGAAGAUUCAUGACGCUUGUUGAGCGACAAAAGAGCUUUUCGAGCAAAAACAUCAGUGAACUUGACUAGUUAUGUAAUUACAAAUCUGACUGUGUCACCUCAUUGACAUCUUCCGCCAGGCUGGAUUACACGCGUUAAGAGCCAUGCAGUGAUGUUUCCUGAUCCAGAUCAGCAGAUGGACAUUAGAUGCCUACGGUGGAAAUGACAGUUUAAAAAGUGGCAACUAUCCUGUAAACACUUCGUUGUGCCAAAACCACCUUCAAUGUUGGACCAAUUUUACACCCAUUCAAGAUAGAAAAUCCUAUACUUGCUGUUGUUCAUUCGGUUUUUUUUUUUCUUUGAGGAAUGCAAUUAUGUUAUCAUUUUAGUUGAAGCAGAAAAUUAUUGAAUUGUUUUCCCACAGACUCUGGAUGCUGACACAUUACAAGCCUCAUUUUUGGAGAUGAUUGGAAGGGCCUUUGCAGAUGAUGCUGCAUCUCCACAGCUUCAAAAUAAGAUAAUAUCUGAAUGAUGUUUGUCGUGAUCAAACGUGAAAAAGAGUUAUCUGGUGUCUUAUCACACCGAAAAAAAAUAGCAUAGCAUCAACUGUUUGGUUCAUACAAAUUUUAAAUUUAACUACUGGGAGAGAUGUGAGGCGUGUGUUAGACGCACCUCAAGGUGUUUUUAAGUCAGGUAUUGCUGAGUCUUGCUGUAAUGUAAACAUCUGUUUAGAUCCAUUUGCAAAGUGGAACGGAUGAGAAAAUGACACCUACAGGAAAUGAUUGAAACACAACAAUCUGGAGUGAGAAAAUUGACAUUUUUUUGGCCCAGAUCAUUUCACAGCCGGUGCCGCUGCAGGUAUUUAUAGUCAACAGGCUGACACACCGCAGUAUUUUUAACACUUUUUCUGAGAAGGUUAUUAUGAUGUUUAUCUGUUCUCUCCGUCUUGUGAUUACCACCUCCUUGCUGAAAUCAUCCCACAGAGCCAGGCUCGUGAUUUUACCCACCGACAGCCCAACAUUGUGACGGGGGUUAAUUGCAGGACAUGUGCGAGAAACACCAACAGCGGUGCAUUAACUGCUAAAAUAAGGCUCAGACGGAGACUUUGGUGACCAGGACGUAUUCCGCUGUUUACAGGUAAACAGCGUGGCAGCAGGCACACUAGUGUUUGCGCUUUAAACAGCCAGGCUUGUUGUGGCUACACAGCACGCAGGUGUGACACUGCUUACACACGGCAACUUUGACCUUUGGCCUCAUUUUUGCAACAAAGCUGAUACCUUCUCUGAACUCAGGUGGAACUGUUUGCACAAGUCACACCAGCCGUGACAAAUGUCCCAAAGAAAAGGCACAAACAUCGAAUAUUUCAUGGUUUUUGUUACCUUUUUCAUCUAUUUUGGAGCGGGCGAGUGGGACAAUCACAUGACUCCAAACACAAGGAACACAGCGAAGGUGGGUGUUUUGCUGGGAGUCAUACCAAAAGAGGUCCCUUUGUCAGGAAAGGAGGUUUGUUUUGAUCAUAUUGUUUUCAUUAUAGCUGCACAAAACAAAAGCACUGCCACAUUAUCUGCCAUGAAUCAAAAUUCUGAGUCAUUUCUCCAUCAGACUUUGGUUCGGUAAAACGUCGAGCUCAAGAGUCGGGCCUUGAUUUGAUACAUUCUGGGAACCAACUUCCAAUCAAGUGAAUUUGCAUUAAUCAAAUUUAGAAACCUUUUAGCUGCAUUUCAGGUACGACGGUUGAUGACACAGGAGGAAGAAGAAGCUGUUGUGAAGACCAACAUUGUGUUUGUUUCAUUGUGAACUGUCUGUAUCUUGAUUUUCACCUGGUAUCUUUACAACCAUGUUUCAGUUGUAAGUGUGAUCUCUUCUACUGAAUCGAAUAAAGUUACGGCAA